AAAACAUACAGGGGGGGGGGUUGAAGUCAUGGAAUGUACUGUGGGGAACAGCAGAGACCAGAUGUAAGUGGAAAGAACCUGCUGCUCAGUCUCACCUCUCUGGAUGUCUUGUUUUCAAAACAUCCCAACAACAUGACUUUUUUGAGCCCAGGUUUGAUGUGCCUGAGCUUUAUGGACAUCUGAAUGUUCUGGUGACUAAAAUGCAGUGCAGCAAAGGCUGGGCAGUGUUGGAUGGCAUCUGCAGGUUCCUAGGGAUAUCUACAGCUGCAGUGUCAACUGGCGUCGGAAUUGAAACUCUUCAACAGGGGCAUUUCCCCAGUCUAGGCUACUAUUUAUUAUUUUGUUCAAGCAUAUUAUUUGUCUGCGAGGGAUCCUUCUUCUUACACCUAUUCCUUACAUCAUGCUUCAGAUGCCAGACAGAGCCUCGUCUCUAUGUGUGCUUAGGCAAAACAGGACGCAUGGGAGGAUUUCAAAAAUUUGUGGGAUAUGGCCUGCUAUCAGUGGCUUGCUUUUUGCACCCAGUUUUGGUCUGGCAUGUUACUAUUCCUGGCACCAUGCUUAUUGUAACAGGUAUGGCCUAUCUCCUUCUAAGCAAGAGAAAGAAGUUUGACAAGGAAUUCAUAAAUCAGUCAGAAUGCUAUUCUGACCCAUCCAGAACAGCCAUUGCAAUGACCGGAACUGGUGAUACAGAACAAACCUAUACAUUUAAUAGCUCUCUGAAGACAAAAAAAGACUCUCUUCUUACACAGAUGAGAAGUAUAUUGAAAGUCAAACGGAACCAUCAGUGUCCCCAGAAAACAGACUCUGACCACUUGCACAAUCUGACUGAUAUUAAUGCUGUAAAGAAACAAGUGCAUUUUAAAGAAAAUGUAAUCAGCAUUAUCCCUGUCGAGGAUGGGAUGGUGGAGGAUCAAGAAAGUGAGCAAGAGGAGACCGUAUCAGACACAGCUCCCAUUAUACCAACAGAGCCUAAGCAGCAUCAUAACACUUUGCCUGUAAAUAUAGGCCUCUUCUAACAGCAAGAUAUGUGCUAAUAAUAUAUAUACUGGCUGACAUGCCAAACCUCAGUACAAAAUGAACACAUACUGUAUAUAGCACAGGACUUCUAGUUAUUUCCUGUAUAUUUUGAUGCAUAGCAUUUUGUACUACAUUCCAGUGUCUUUGUGAGACAUGUUUCUGUUAUUUUUAUUUUCUUAAACUGCAGGAUACCAUAUAUAUUCUUCAUGUAUAGCUUUUUCUAUAAGCUAUUUAAGCAUGUUUAUCUCUUUGUGAUCUGACAUUUCCCUAAAACUUUAGCAUAACACAAUCAUUUUGAUAACCACAGUCUCUUCAUGAAGAACCACAACAACCAAAAUACUCUUCUUUGCUUGCAUCUACUUUCCUUUUACGUAAAUGAAUAUGCAGUGUUUGUUUAUGGUAAAUUCUUGUUCUGUUAGGUGGGUAUCAGUAAGAAACAUUGACAUCAACAUUCUAUUAAGAGGACUACAGAAAAUCUUAUAUUUGCUUUACUGCAGUGUUCAGAACUUACAUAUAACUAAAUAAAACGCCAUAUAA